CAGCUAUAAAUGAAACAAAAAUGCAGCUUUGUCAAAAUGACAAUUCCAAAAUCAAUACCUGCGACAGCUCGAGGAUUUAAAUGAACAUAAAACAGAGGAGGUCUUUGAAACCAAACAUGAAGCAUCAGAUUUGUUUGAUGCGGUUAUAUAAAUGGCUAUAUUUGUACCUACAGUACAUGAAACUGGGACAGCUCCCAAAUCAAAAUACUGUUAUGCAAAGGAAAAAUAAAUCUUUUAAAUAAGCUUCACUUAAACUCUGAGAUAAACACAGUUCUCCAUCCAUAAAUAAAAAGUUGCUAAGUUAACAGAAUAUAUUUUUUUCUAUUGAUGCGUUUAAAAUGGUCAAACUUAAACUAUGCGAACUGUGAAACAUUGCUAACCGAGGCAGAACUCCAUUACUUAAAAAACUAAAAAAUAGAAAGUAGAAAUGUAGAACACAAACAAGGAGGGCAUUAUUCAAGUCUAUAAAGGCCUGAGGGGUUAAUGGUAAGAUUUGGUGUUUUUAAUAUACCAGCAAAAUAAGAAAUAAAAAUGAAAAGAAUGAAUGUGAAGAAAAUCUUAACAUAUUGAAUAUUUCUGUUCAAAUAGUGAAGUCUUUCAAAUACAAACCUGAAAUACCUCAACGUUGUUCCUAUAGGCUACAUGCUGCCACACAAAAUGAAUAUGUCCAGAACCUCUGCUUCAGGCUUCUCUUAUCAAGAUAGUUCUUCUAGCAGGUUAGUUCGGAGAUCACGGGGAUUUAUAUUAAUGGAGUUAAAACAAGUUAAACGCUCUGACACCACUGUACCAGGAUUUGAUUGAUGUUUUUGUUUGGGGGACUGACAUCAACAGUUCAUCCGCAGAGUUGGCGCUCAUUACACCGUCAGCUGACGCGACACCUUUUCAGCACCGCGGACAGCUCCGUGCUGCACACCGCGCACAUGGCGACGGCUUUAAAGAGAGACCGCCCCGCUGCACCGGAGAUUCACCCGCACAGCCCGACCCACAGCAUGGCGAGCAGGUACUCCUCCCAUCACGGUACCACUCGAGGUCUACAACGCGAGCCCUCGGGCAGGAGCCCGAUCGGCCCGCCGUCCGGGAGGCGUGACGAGAAACAAUUGAUGCGCGGCUUGAAUGACCGUCUGGCGGCAUUCGUCGAGAAGGUGCACCACCUGGAGUACCAGAAUCACCUGCUGGAGAGAGAAAUCGGGGAGAUCAGAGGCAAAGCCAAGCCCGCCUCUGUAUUGGAGGAGGAGUACGGAGCGGAGCUCGGGAAACUGAGACAGCUGGUUCGCGAUAUCACCCAUCAGAAGCACCGGAUCGAGCUCGAGCAUCGGCAUUUGGAGGAAGACGUGUCCAUCUUGCGAGGGCAGCAUGAGCGGGAGGCGCGUGGCCGAUCGGAAGCAGAGAGCCACGUCGCGGUCCUCAAAAGGGACAUCAACGACGCGUAUCGGGCGAAGCUCCAGCUGGACAAGAAAGCGCAGGCUCUGGUGGAGGAAAUCCACUUCCUGAAGGAGAACCACGAGGCCGAGGUGUCCGAGAUGUUUGACCAAAUCCAGAAGCCGCGAGUGACCGCGAAGCACCUGGAAUUUGGCGACCCUGGCGUCACUGCGGCACUCCGGGACCUCCGGGCACAGCUGGAAGGUCAAAACGUGUCCGGCGUCCAGCAGAUGGGAGAAAGCUUCAAAUCGCAGUUUGCGAGAUUGACGGAAGCGGCUGAGCGCAAGAGAGAAGCGUUGAAAGCGACCCAGCGGGAGAUUCAGGAGAACAGGAGGAACCUGCAGGCCAAGGACGUGGAACUGGACUGCGCAAGAGGCACCCGGGAAGCCCUGGAGAACCGACUGCAUGACAUCGAGGAUCGCCACCAGGAAGAAAUGAUUCAUUACCAGAACGCAAUCAAAGACCUUGAAAAUGAGCUCAUCAAUUGCAAAUUUGACAUGUCCGGUUACCUGCGAGAAUACCACGACCUGUUGAAUAUGAAGAUCGCUUUGGAUGUGGAAAUAAUGUCUUACAGGAAACUUCUGUGUAGUGAGGAGGCUCGGCUGUCCAUGAUGCCAGACACCCACGUGUCCCUUCCGUACAUCUAUCACCAGUCCCCCGUCUACACCCUGCCCUGCCUCAGCCGACCGGGAGGCCCGCACGGACGGGCCGAGCCCCGGUACAAGUUCGUGGAGGAGAUCAUAACGGAGACCACCAGGGAAAUUGAGAUGUCAGAAUUUGAGGAGACCGGAUCAGAGGAUACAGAGGUGGAAAAAGAUGAGCAGGUGUGUAGCAAAAGCGAGAAAGGGGGCAGUGAGGAAGAGAACGAUAAUAAAGACCACGGAGAGGAAGAAAGUGAGCAGGUGCCUGAUAGUGAGCAGAAUCAAGUAGCAUCAGGAGUGAAAGUAGUGAACGGAGAAUCUGGCAAGUUGGAUAAUGGUGAAAAAGGUCAAAUGAGUCAAGAGUCAGAGGAGACUGAAGCGGUUGUUAAUGAGGAUCCGUCUCAUUUUGGCUUAGAUCAAAACAAUCAAAAAGAAGUUCUGUUAAGUGAGAGCCUUCAUCACGAAGAAAAUGAGCAGCAUCAAAUUAUAGCGGAGAACGCAGAAGAGAACCAAGGUGCAGUGACAAUAGUCACACCUGAGAAAGAGCUCCAUUUAAAACCAGAAGCCUCUGCGGGGGAUACACUUUUGAAAGAAACAGAUUGUAAAAAAGCAGAUGCAGAGGAAGAGGGUUCGACCUCAGCUCACAUGAAUAAACCCGAUGACGAGACCCUUGCCAAAGGGUCUCAAGAACCAGACACAACUGCAGAGCUCGGCACUAUUCAAGUGCAAGAUGAGGUUCGUGCUUCAGAGACAGUGGAGAAAACAGAUUUCACAGAAGAGACAAAGAGCACUCUGUCUGUAAAGACAGACCAGAUCUCAGAAAAAGCUCAAGUAUCCUCCAGUGCAACAUGGGAGAGGGAGGAAGAGGAAAGGAGUCACGCAGACACAAAGGGAAUCAGUAAAUCUGACGCUGCACAAACAGAGGAUGAGGUGGCAAAAGGCGUUCGAGAGGGUAGCAAUAAAAAUCAAGACGAGGCAUCUUCCCCUAAAUCCGAUGGGAAAAGUCUUCCUGAUGCGGCGGAUCAGAAGCCCGACAACGGGAAUGAAACCCAAACAGUCCAAGCGGUGUUGCAGAGGGAGCAGACAACAGACAAUUCAGGAAUCAAAGCGCUGCAUCGGGGUACAGCAAAGGGCAGCCGGGCUCAGGUAUCAGAGUGGUCUGAAGGUUCAGAGAAAAGAACAGAUCCUCAAGAAUGAGGACAGUAGCAAGGCAGAGAAAUUAGGGUGAGAAAAAGCUAAAAGGUGAGGGAUUUACACAUUUCCACCUUAAGUUUAACGAGUCAGUUGACAGGCAAUUAUCAGGGACAGCAACGCUAAAAAUAGAGCAUGUCUUAACGACUGAUUUCUAAUUCAAAGAAUGAACGGAGCAAAGCAAAGACAAGGCUGUCGUUUGUCUUCCGUAUGACUAUUAUAAAAAGGAGCAUGAUUCUUCUGAUGACACACUGCUUUGGCUUUGGACAUUAAAUGUGAUGCAAUAGUUUUGACUCACCACUUCAAUUAUUGAAUCAUGAAUGUAAAAAUUGUUACUAGUAUUUGCUUUGGUGUGUGAGGAAAAUAAACAUCAAUCCACAGAAUAUCGCUGACCUCUUCUAUUGCGUGUGCUCACACAGAUACGCUGCUUCUGAUUGAUCCACUGCUCCGUCACCUGCAACUGUUGGGUUUCCCCUUCUCUGGC